CAGUUUUCUAUGGCGAGUGUGCGCUAUGAGUGGUGAGAAGUGGAUUAAGUUUUUCGUUGUCAAAUAUAUCGCUGUAUUUUGGUUGUUAAAUGUAUUGUUGUAAGAAAAAACUCGUCGAACUUACAUGUUUCAUCGCAGUGUUGUUUUCUUCCUUUACUAGUUAUUCAAAUAAGCAGAUACUUGUCUGUCUAAGUUAGCUGGUGCAGGAAUUAUUUCCAGUAACUAGUCUCCCCUUCGUAAUGGCUAGUCAGGGUGAUGGUUCGAGAGAGUUGUGGUUUGCCCAUGAUGUUUACUCCCGCUACUGGCAGCACUACCAGCAGGCCAUGAACUGGAACCAGAAGCACAAGCGGGCAUACAGAAGUGCUUUGGAAGCUGGCUACUUUCAGACACUCUAUUCCAUGAACCCCUCUGCUACCAUGCAGUGUUACUCGGAUUGGCAUGGGAAUGAGUGCCUAAAGAACAGCCACAGAGACAGACUGAAAGAAAAAAGAGAGAACGAGAUUACUGGUUCAGACAGUGAGAUUGAGGAGGAGAGUUCGGAUGAGAGCCAGCUUGAGUGUGAUGUCAGCAACAUGGACAUCUCAGAAGAGCUGCGACAAUACUUUGCUCAGACAGAACGACACAGGCAGGAACUUAAAAAACAACAGCAGAUGGAGGCAGAGCAGCAGGACUCUUAUAUACUGGCUGACCAAGACUUGCAUAGAGUUUCAUGGCGUAGCACUCUGCCCCCUUCUGAGCGUCCAGGGGAACGGAGGACUGCAGAAAUGAAGAAGUUGUACGGUAAAGAUGCAGCAAAGAUUCAGGGGAUGGAAACAGCCAUGCAGCUUACCUUUGAGCGUAACUGUGAUAAAAAACAGCCCAAAUAUUGGCCUGUUAUACCACUAAACCUCUAAGAUGAUCAGACCCCAUCAUGCCUGACAGAGGCGUCACAGGAUCUUCUAAUCAGAGACUGUUCAGAUUCUGCUGCUAUUGCUGUACAGUAAAGCAUUGCAUCAGAUCAACAUCUUUUGAGGGAAUUUCUCACAAACACCUUUGUCUCAACAUCAACACUUGCUAGGACCUUAUAGAAAUGGCACAUUUAAUAAAUAUUAAUUUGAAGAUCUAAUGAGUAAAACCCUUUCUGGAAUUUUGAGUUAAUGAUUAUUCAUAAGCCUUCCUAAUUUCACUCACUUUUGAGGUAUCUGUACAUUGACUGUAGGCAGGGAUAUCCACAUGAGGGACUUUUCUAUUUUUGUAAAGAUUUUCAUAUCCAUAAAUUAUGAAGACAUUGCAAGCACAGAUUUCAGUGCCGGUCUUUUCAUGUAGUCAUUUCUCCCUAACUAGGUCACUGCCUCCCCCACAGUCUUUGGUUAAUUGUAUUUUGUCUGUCUCUUCUUUUUGCAUCUAACAUCAGUACUUGAUAGAAUGCCUGCUGACCUAUUCUUUGGGGCUUUUUUUAUCAAUAAAUGUAUCACAGUAAAA